UGGGAAAAGUUGCGACAGAGUCUUGUCAGUCGUAUCAGUGUAGUAUAUACUGUGACAGUUUUCUGUAAAUUCUGUGUGUUUCUCUACGCCUCUCCUAUAAAUACGCAUAAAAGAAAUUCGGUGUAAUGUUCCAAGAUAACUAAAUAUCAAAUAGUAUGAUACAUAUGGUUCUUUUAGUGUGCAAGCAAUCCAUUAAUACGUUGAACUGUUCAACUAUAACCUCUCCAUAAGUGGAGACGUCUAAGCGACUCUGAAAUCGUAAGAUUUUAAUUUCGAAAAAAUGGAAAAAAAUAUUGGGUUCGCCAGUGGAAGUACUCAAUCGUCGGCUGCUCCACCGUCAGCACCCCCGUCUUAUGAGGAAGCUGUUGAAAAUGCAGCUCGUAUAUCUCUCCAACCAAACAUUCCACCAUAUCCAGUAGGACCAUCAUCUAUGCCAAUUCCAACUCAUAAUCCGCCGCCGAAUCAAACAACGAUGCCAUAUCCAGCGAAUUAUUCAGGACCCAGCGAACCUCCGCCGCAAUCGCAGACACCAUAUAAUGCAAAUCCGAAUACAGUUCCUCCGCCAGAGUUCCGAGUUGUCUAUCAGCCAGUGAUUUUUUCCCUGACUCCAAAUCCAACAAAAACGACUUGCCCAACGUGUCAUGCCAGUAUUAAAACCACUACGAUAUCGGAUCAUCAACCAAGCGCCCAUCUCUGUUGUAUCGUGCUUUGCUUACUUGGAUGUUGCCUUUGCUCGUGUCUGCCAUACUGUAUGAGUAGCUUCAUGAGCGUUCACCACUUUUGUCCGAAAUGUAAAAAUUAUAUUGGUACAUGGAAGGGUUGAGCAGAUCGCGAUACACGUAUACUUAUAUAUCGUUACGCGGUCUUCUAUGUAAUCAGAUACAGUGUAACAUUAUGAGGACUAGACGAUAUUCCCUGCUUGUCGCGAAUUACGUUAAGAGAAAGAGCUAUUCGACGAGAUUGUCAUAGGUCAUAUUACAAGAUAACUAUAUGUGACGCUUAUUCUUUACGAGAUAAGAUAUGAAUGCAUUCUAUUAUGUGUGAUAGACUCGACAAUUGUAGAUUCCAUGUUGAUUUAUAUAUGAGACAAUGUGAUCGAGCGUGUGCGUGUGAAAUUUACAGAUAGUGUGCGAUAAUAUUAUAAAGAUAUUUUCGAGCGUUGAACCUGUGAGCAGUAUUGUUCUCACUCGCAUUUGUCAUAUUCCAUAUAGUCUUAGAGACUUUUUUAGAAAUGUUGAGUGAAAGAGAGGGAGAGAGAUAAGAAAAAGUAGAUAGAAAGUGAGAGAGAGAGAGAGAGAGAGAGAGAGAGAGAGAAAUGCAUCUGUAACGCAGAAGAGGUAAUGUCUCCCCUGUUUAUGCUAAAUAUCUUAUUUCUUUCAAUGUGUUUCACUUUAGCGGAUAAGAGAGAAGGGAACGAUUAGUUGAGAAUUGAGAGUGAGUAAAGGCAGGUCGUUCCACCUCUUGUAUGCAACAAUGUUCGCGUAUUUUUAUUCUUGUAUUUUAUUGGUGCUUCCGGAACUUUAAGUGAAAUGAAUUCCUGAAUAUUAUAUAGAUAUAUAAACUAUUAUAUAUAUUUUUAUGCAGAUUGCAAAAGGAUUUGCACGAAAAAUAUCAGAAUUACAUUAGCGACGAGGAUAAUAACAAGAGAAUUUUGGUUUGUCUGUUUCUGUUUUCGGUUUUGUUCUUUGUACAAAUAAUUUAUAUCGAAUAUUAGAUAGUCACUUCCAGAAAAAGACUCUUGCGUAAAGGGAAAUUCUAAAUAAAAUUGAUGAUUUCCUGAA